UGGAGGAAGGAUGUAUGCAAGGGUAUCUAGACCAAGAAUGCGUCGCACAUUACGUCUCAGGGAUGAAGAUAUUCUGGAAAGUUCUGUUGCAAGAAAGAUACUGAGUGCCAACUUCAAAAUGCUUAAAGAAGAGAUUGAUCAUUUUCAAGUUGCAAAACAUUUGAAAGAAAAGGGCAUUGUAGAUGAAGAAUUUUAUCAAACAUUUAGAGAACUUAGAACAAGACGUGAAAAGGUUGAAGCACUACUUAUUAAAGUGGAUCUUUUGCUGUCAGAAUCUAAUGACUCGAAUCCUUUCAAAGCAUUUAAAGAGGCGCUAAAUGAAAAUCACGACAGCAUUAUAAAUGCGUUACAGAAACAACCAAAUUGUCCAGAAGUAAGAUGCACAUCAUUGGAACAAGUUCAAUUAUGCGGAUUUUUUGAAAAGGCAAAGGACAAAAUAAUAGCAACAAUGGAACCAAGGCAAUUCAUAGAUGAUCUUGUUUCAGUCCAUGCUAUUGAUCUGCAACAGUAUGAGCUCAUUACAAAGAAAGAGAGCAGAAAAGAGAGAGCAACAGAGCUAUACAACAUUGCUGCUCAAAAUUUCAAACUUAUAAAGCAGCUAUUUGAAUUUUACAAAGAACUGUCUUCGGAGUACAAGAAAGAGUGUUCAACAUAUACUCUUGCAUCUAAUCCAGAGGCAACUCCGGUAGCUUUACGGUAUAGUCUUACAGAAAAAAAUCCAACACAGGACACUACUGAACAUUCAGAUGUCAAGAGCGAAAUCAAAAAAGUGGAAAAAGAUAUUGUUGAAAGCGCUAAUGACGAUCCUGAACUGAGGACAGACAUUUUACACAAGGCGGCAUCUUUACUUGAACGUGUAAAAUUGGGCUCAAUUAUAUUUAAUUUGAGAACUUCAGGGGACAUGUCUAUUGAAAGCUUAAAAGAAUGUUGUAAAAACGGGACAGCUGUAGAUUGGUUGAUGUCAAUCUUGAAGCCAGAUGAUAUCAAGAAGUUACAAAAAUUAAAUGUUAAUGGUGGAGUCAUUGAAUGUUACAUUGACACCAACGAUGACAAAAAACAAAUAUUUGAUGAGGUAUUUCAAGAAUGUUGUUGUGUCCUCAACAGAGACUUUAUUCAAAGCCAUCUGAAAGAAUUUGAAGCGUUUUUACACGGAUCAGAAGUUGGUGUUAUCAAGGCCAUGCUAACAAAUGGUACACUUGAUGAGACAUUAGCAUUCGCAUUGUCACAAAUAAAAGAUAGUGCAAGCAACAAAGACCUGAUGCAAAAGUUGAUAGAGUUUUUGCUACAUUCAGAGCUGCAGCAGAUAUGUUUCUGCUUGAUUGAAGAAGAAUUGCGGAAGAAAAAGGAAUACAAUCUAUUCCAGCAGCAGCAACAACCAUCUAAGAAAAGUUUAGGUGAAAAGGUUGACGAUGAAGUAACGAUUGUAAAAGAAAACAUUAAAAAGUCUGUUGAUCUCCUUGAGGAGGAACUUGAUGGUCGUUGGUUUAUUGAGAUUUUGGAAUCAAGAGAAGAGGAGGCAUGUAUGAAGAUUUUGACAGCCAUAAAAAGGUCUCAAUCAAGGAAAUCCUGCACUAAACAAUUUGUACGCUUUCUUUGUGAAGAAGAAGAUGUUGACUGGUUCAUAGAGGCACUCUAUGAAUACAGUCCACAUGUACUUGCCAUAUUGACUCAAUCAAAAAAUCAAACAAUAGAAUGUGAUACAAGACUUGCAUUGUUGUCAGUAUAUGAGUUCAUCAUAGAUGAACUUGAACCAUUAGAGCUGAAAUCAUGUUUAUCAAACAAAAUUUUGGAACAGCUGAAUUUCCUGGAAAUGGAAAAGAUUGGCAAUAGAUUUGACAGAACUACAUUUUUUAUGCGGCAAGUUCUCAAAGCUGAAAAUUUAGAGAUAAUUCAAGAUGUUAUGGUUGCAAUUGCCUCCAAAUACCCUAACAUUGAAAGGGUGAUCAAAGAUGUGUUAACCAAAGGAUCACUUUCUGAACAUUACUUUUGCCCAAGGAUAGUAAAACACAAAAUGUUGAAGACUAUAUAUAAAGCCAAUUUCAAGCUGCCAAUACCAAAUGCUGCAGUUUCAUUAGAAGUUCUGCCAGAUAAACAGAACAUUAACCAUGCCAGUAGCGAGGGGCUAUCACCAGGUGACAAUACAAUUUAUCUUUCAAGCAGUGAGAUGGAGCACCAAAAUAAAGAUCAAAGCAAAUCAGUCUUUACAGAUACAAAUAUUACCCUUUUUGACAAAGAGGAAAUGAUUGUGGAAACAAAGAUUGAUAGGGAUCAAUAUAAAGAAACUAUUUGCAUUGAGGGUAACAUAAACCUUAAUACAGAUAUGCAGAAAACCAUGCCAGUAGAUGAAAAUAGAACAAGUGCAACAGAAGUGGAUUCAAGCACAGACCUGCAUUCUGGUCUUGAAAUUGUAGAUGUAAAGUACACUGACAAGUCCCCUGAUGACAUCAGCAGUCCCAUCCAACAUGAUAUCCAGAGGAUAUAUUCAGUUGACAAUAUUGAAACAGAUAAACUUUCAAGCAGUGAAAUGAAACAACUGUCAAAUGGAAAUAAAGAUCAAAGCAAAUCAAUCUUUACAGAUACAAAUAUUUCCCUUUCUGACAAAGAGGGAAUGAUUGUGGAAACAAAGAUUGAUGGGGAUCAAUAUAAAGAAACUAUUUGCAUUGAGGGUAACAUAAACCUUAAUACAGAUAUGCAGAAAACCAUGCCAGUAGAUGAAAAUAGAACAAGCACAACAGAAGUGGAUUCAAGCACAGACCUGCAUUCUGGUCUUGAAAUUGUAGAUGUAAAGUACACUGACAAGUCCCCUGAUGACAUCAGCAGUCCCAUCCAACAUGAUAUCCAGAGGAUGAAACAACUGUCAAAUGGAAAUGAUGAUCAAAGCAAAUCAGUCUUUACAGAUGGAAAUCUUCCCCUUUCUGACAAAGAGAAAAAGAUUGAGAAUAACUUAACAGAAAAUGAGAAUAACUUAACAGAAAAACAAGAAAGAGGUUCAACAGAAGUGGAUCAAAGCACAUAUUUGCAUUCUGCAGUUGAAAUGUCAGUUGUAAAGCACAAUAAUGAUAAGCCCUUUCAAGAUACCAUAGCCAUAGGCAUCCCAUAUAAUCAAUUCAAGAUUAAUGCAGCAGAUGGUCCUUCAAAUCAAAUCAAAUAUUGUGAUCAAGGACCAAAGAAACUUCCAGAAAUUCUGAAAUUGAAAGAGGGGAAUUCAAAAGCUAUUUGCAAAAAUGAAUUAAAACCUUUACCAAGACGACGAGUAUUUCUAAAGUUAAGAGAGAAAAGGUUAGACACUCAAGUGUCAGCAAAUUAUGACGCUAAAGUUCAAAAUAAGGUUGAAUUUCCACAAGAAAGAUUUGAAUAUCCGUUAGAAUAUCGAGAUGAAAGGUAUAGAUACGAAUUCUCUCCAGAAGAUUUAGGCUACCAAACUGAAGGUUAUGAAACACAUAGAUGGUUCAGAGAAAAUAAUUUCAGAGAGCAGGAUAAUGUCAGAAGACAUCAAACCCAAGAUAAGCAGAGAUGGAAUGAAGAGAGCAACAAUAAGAAACAGUAUGACUUACUAAGAAACCCUUAUGAAUGCAUGAAUCAAUAUUAUAUCAACAGAAGGUAUCCAGUGUACAACCCACAAUAUGUCUUCAACAGAGAAGGAUCAAUGAAAAGUUGGUUUCCUCAUGAAAGAGGUUAUUCCUACCCACCUCAAAGAUGGAAUCAAGAACUUUACAACAAUCAUCCCCCAAAUUUCGACAGCUAUGGAGGAUACAUGCACCAAAAGUACUAUUAAAGUCAUAUCAAUAUGCAAAAAACUAGAUCAGCAAGAAAGUUUGGCAUGUUUUACAUGAAGAAUACAAACCCAGUGGAAGAUGAUCGAAGUCAUUUGCCCUGCACAAAUUAAUUUGUAUUUUUUUAUGCAGAUGAUUGUCUUACUAUUUUCUUUACUUGUAGAAAAGUAAAGAGAUAUAUUUGCGCUCUUAUAAUUAUUUUAACCAGUUUGUCAGAAUAAUCGUACAUUUUUACUGUCGAUCUAUUUUUAACCGAGUUAAUGUCUUCCUACAUCGAUACACUGAAGUGUAUCGUAUUAAUGAACAGUGAGUGUAUUUAUACCCUGUUGCUGAGGUUAAAAUUUCUACACGUAAAUGUCAAAUAGAAAAUAUGCGAGUUUUGGGAGAGAUUUUACAUCAGUUUAGGAGAGACACACUGAUAGUGUGUAGCAUUUAUUUUUUUGUUGAGAAGAGAAUUUGUUGUUUUAAAGAGAGUUUUGUUGAUAUGUUGAAGUUGGUUGAAUUUAAUUGUGGUGAUCUUAAUUGAUCAUGGUUUAUUGGUUGUAAUUAGUUGUUUUGGUUGUUGAGAUAUAUCUGUUUGGUAAGAAAUAUUUGGUUGAAAUUGAUUGAAUGUUUGGAUGAGUUUGUUUAUUAUAUUAGUUGAUGCUUUGUAAAUUUUUGGGGAUAUCUGUAAAUAUUGGGUACUUUAGUUUGCUUUUCUGAUGCUGAUUAGAUUUUGUGAAGUUAAUAUUGUUGGUUGAAUUUUUGUGGUUUAUACUGUAUCUUAGAGUUGUAAAAAUAUUCAUUUUUGUGUUCUUCAUUUUGUGGUGAUUUUAUUGUUUUGUUUGAUCAUAAGUUGUUUAGAGCUUGGGCUCGCAAGGUGUCUAGUAUUGUUUUGUAUAAAAGAGUUUACAUGAAAAGAUAUUUCGUUUAAGUGGUUGAUAGAAAAUGUGUGUUUUUUGGGGGUGUAAAUUAUGAUCAGAGUUCAUUGUUUUGGGUGUAAAUAAUAAUCAUAGUUUGUUGUUUAAAUGUAUAUAUUGAUUUGAGACAUAAAAAGAUAAAAAAUACCUGAAUAAAAAUAGUGUUAACUAAACAAUUACAUCUGAGAAUAUUUCAAUCUUAAGUCAGGCAGUGCUGCCAAGCCCCCAUAUCUUGGAAAUUGGUUCUAGUCUUUAUUGCUAAAUAUUUCCUUAGAUUAAAUAACAUCAAGGCAGUCAUUCUCCCGACACAGUUUAUAUUAUUAUUUUUUUUGGUUAAGUGAUAAAUCUUAACACAAAAUUUAUUUGUAUAUUGCUUUUUAAAUUUUGUAUCUUGAUUUGUUUUUAUAACAAAUCUCAUUCUUGCACAUCAUUUAAGUAUACAUGUAUAUUAAUUUUGUCAAGAUUUCAAGUGAAAUUAAGGAAAUUAAAUUGAGCGGAACAGUUUAAGAGAUUGUAAUUGGAAGAUGUAACAUAUUUAUUUUACUUCCUUGUCAGUUUAGAAUAUACAUUAGUUCUUUUUAGUUUGAUAGCUUUACUGUCAAAAAAGCUGAUGCAAAAAGAAUCUUAGUGAUAUGAGAAAUAUAGAAAACAUUUCAUGUUAUGAUUUGUCAAACCCCAACAUCUGAUGUCAUAUUUCAUUAAUUUUUAAUGUUAUAUAAUUUUAAAGUACUAUUCUAAUGUGAUUUUGUUUUGUACCAUUACAAUGUAUUAUUCCUUAUAUUUAAUGAAGUGUUUUUUUUUUGCUUUUUUUAGUGUUUACUUGUAUCAAUAUACUUUUUUUAAUUAAAUGUUUUUAGACUAUUAGACAUUAAGAAGUAUUAUAUGUACUAGUUUUUUUUAAAAUAAUUUUAUGUUUGAUUCAGUUUAAUUAUGGAUAUUGUGACAAGUAAAUUUCAUUUCAUUGAGCUACCUAUGAUAGAGCCUAGUUAGCUUGUACAUCUGUGCAGGCUAACCUGAGUGAGUCUUAAAUGUCAGUGGUGGCAAAAGCUUAUCAUUUUCAGCAACCGUAAUAUUUAAAAAAAAAAAAGGAUUGUAAUUUUGUUAACUAAUAAUUGACAUUUCAUGUGAUUUUAAGCCUUUUUUUUUUUUUUUUUUUUUUCAUACCUAAUAAUUUGUGAUUAUUUUAGAUUUUACAUAUUUAUAUGUAUUAAAAGAUCCUGUCACUCAAUUUUGUAUGGUUUUACAUCAUAAAUAUGAUGCUCAAAUGACAUUAAUUGCAUAACUGCUACAAAAGGAUCGGCGGUAAAUGGUCUGCGAACUGUCCGGAUUUUUUUUUUACUCUUACAAGAGUAUUGAAUUUGAGACAUUUCUUUUAAACACUAUAUCAUUGUAUUUAAGUAGAUGUACAUCUUAUAAAUAAAUUAAUUUAAUAAUGAAUUAACGGUAAUAAUUAGUUUUAUUUUCCCUGAAUAUGUUUUAAUAAAUGAUAGACUGUGCUAAUUGGAAUAGGAUAUUUUUCAAGUGAUAGAUAUUGUAAUGUUACUGUACAUUAUCAAGGACAUGUGUAAAUUAAUUCUAUAAUUCGGUUUUUCAUUUUAAGUCCAUGACUGUUGAGUUCCAAGAUAACUCAAAAUAUACGAGAAAAAGCGGAGAAUGGCCGGCACACUAUCGCGCAAUCAUUGGUUUUGGAGAGAGAAACGAGAAUGUGAUCGCUUUCUUUCUCGCUUUUUCUCAACAUAUUAUGAGGCCUGGAAAUAAUUACAUGAUUCAGAGACCUAAAACACGAGGAAGAAUACUUUCAGAAAGAAUGAUGCAAUGUUACAUUUUGUAUUUCUUCUACAACAUCAUGAACGUCAUUUACUGUAUUGUAAUUGUGCGCUGGGUCGCAAUCCCCAUGUCAUUUCAAUUUUUUUACAGACUUGUUAUUUUUAAACAUUUUGUAUUGAUUUUUUACUGUAUACAUGCAGGGAACAUCUUCUGAUAUUUGGUCUCUGUAAAAUUGUGUACGUAAAUUUGAAAAUGUGGACAGUAGAGCUGCAAUCCUAUUACUUUAUGAAACAACCCUUGUAUAUUUUAUAUUGUAAAGUUACACAAUUUUAAAAUUUGCUUUAAUAUAACAAUUUAUUUAAAUAUUUUGAAUUUUAGAAAAGAGAUGUUAUAAUCAUGAAUUAUUUUAAUAUUAUUAUAUUUUUGUUAUGUUGUUUGUUUGAUUCUUGUAAUCUUUGUUUGAUUCUUGUAACCUUUUAUAAUCAUUUCUAUUAUUUUAUGAUAAAAUAUAUGUAAAUCUUUAAAGGCUCAAGAGACAGUAGUGUUUACAUGUACAGCACCAAUUAUAGAUUAGAUAUUAUUUUCAAAGCAAUACAACUCUAAUCUUGCAUGCAUUAAAUAUAUUUCUGCCUCCUAAUCAUUUCAAAUCCAUGUAAGAUUUAGACAAUAUAAACACUAGAAUAUGUGUUAUAGUUAUCAUUGUAGGUAUGAACCAACUAAGGGGAUUUUCGAGAGGUAGACCAUGGGUUCGGCCUUGAAUAGCAGGGGGGGGGGUGGCAUUUAAAAAUCACCAUGGAAUAAAUGGAAUAACUGAGCUCUCUGUGUUCUGGUCUAACAGUGUGUGAAGAAUUUUAAUGUCUUCUUUUAGGAGAAAUGAUACCUAAGCAAGGAAAUUCCUCCAUUUUUUUUUCAUUUCUCAGUUAUAAUCAUUUUUGAGUAUUUUUGGAUUUUAAAAUCCUACAAAUCGGACCCCUCCAGUUUUUAAACAUAGGCUAUACUCCAACUUACUGCUAUGUUGACAUUUCAGCCCUUAGAUGAAUUGCUCUGUAAUUACUCUCAGGGGCGGAUACAGAACAUGGUUU